CUCGCGACCACUUCGACGACAACCUCUCCUCCUCAAAUAUAAACCGCAAUCAUGACUGGAGGUGUCUCUGUCCGCGAUGUUGAUGCGCAAAAGUUCAUCAACGCAUACUCUGCUUUCUUGAAGAGACAGGGAAAGCUCCCUAUCCCAGGUUGGGUCGACACGGUCAAGACCGGCGCCGCCAAGGAGCUCCCACCGCAGUCGAUCGACUGGUACUACGUCCGCGCCGCGUCCAUCGCCCGCCACGUCUACCUCCGCAAGACCGUCGGUGUCGGCCGUCUUCGCAAGGUCCACGGCUCCACCCGCAACCGUGGCUCGCGCCCAUCCCACCACGUCGAUGCUUCCGGCUCCGUUGACCGCAAGGUCAUGCAGUCCCUUGAGAAGAUCGGUGUCCUCGAGCAGGAUGAGGACAAGGGAGGCCGCAGGAUCACCCAGUCCGGCCAGCGUGAUUUGGACCGUAUCGCCCAGACCACCCUUGAGGCUGAGGAGGAGGAUGAUGAUGAGUAAAUUCUCGGCUCACUCUGAAUUGGACUUGGAACUCGGUGCGCUUUCGGGCAUGGGAUGAAAAGGAGUUUAUAGCAUUGUGGACCGCGUAUCUGGGUCGCAGGUGUACUUCACAUAUCAUGAAAUGGAAAGCUCUGACGACCAUGAAAUAUGAUACCCUUACUGGCU